UCUCCAUUCCGACUCAAUAUGGCUUCCGUUAACUCCUGCACGACGACUCUCUGACCAGAAAUAGUGUUUUUAUUUGAAAAUCAGGUGAAUUUCCACGGCUCCCGUUGUGAAUUCGGACGAAGCGGAGUCUCUAAGACAGACGCGGAUGUUUUUCGACGGGUUUCCACUCGGCCAAACGCCCUCACGGCUUUGUUUUGGUGAGUAGAUCUGCGUCAGUGUCGGUUGAUUUUGUCAAAGAAGAAAAAAGUGAAAGAAAAGUGCAUUUAGACAAAAUUGGACUUUUUUUUCGAAAGCGGGCCGCUGUCCAGUGACGAUCGCUCAAGCCGGACACGUCGUUUUGCCGAUGAAGAACUGAACCGACCCCACGAUAAACAGUGUCGAAACAUGAUAUGUAGCUGUGCAAAAUAUAUUAUAAUGUAUUUGCCGAUUUUUCCUCCGUUUGAACCGGAUCCGAGACGAUGUUCUUGUAACGACACCGUCUAUUAUUGACCCUGGUCUGAUAUUUGCGGAUUUCGGUAAUGUCAUCUUCGGCCUACAUUUAUUUUUAGGAAACUACACUUUUUCCAGUGCAAGUGUCCAAAUAUGUAAAAAGACUCCUGUUCGAAAGUGUUUCGUACAGAAUCUAUUACCUUUCGGGGCCUGACAAUUCAUCGAUGUGAUUUUUUCUUGAUUUUUCUUUUCCUUUUUUUUUCAUUUACGUUGAAUAAGAAAAAAGUGUCUGGUGGUGUUGUGUUAACAGUGCAGAACGUGUAGGAAUAAUGGAUCAGACUCCAAGGAAACAUCGAAAACAUCAAAACUGCAGCAAUCAAUGAGAGGACCCCGGAGCUCGUUGACGAAAACGAGGCAUGUAAAAGAAAGAACCGCUAUCUAUCCGAAAUGGAGGAUUCUUUCUUUGAAGCUUCAAGCAAAAGUAUGCCUGUAAGCAGAAGGCAACAGCAAUGUAUAAUUCAAAAUUAAGUUUAUUAAGCGUGGAGCGGGACCGGCUUCGAGAGCGGGAGCGUCAGGCAAGGGCUCAGAUGUCCUCGGCCUCUGAACGUGGGGACCCUCCAUCCGGCACCCCACUUUUCGGUGCCCCAGUCCGGGUUCACCCAUCACCAGGGGACCGUGUAAAACAGAACAUUCAAAGUACGCUUGGGGAGUAUGACAAAGUAAAGCACCUCCUUGAAGAACCUAUACAAUUAUUGGGUUAUGAUGGAGUACCUCCAGCUUCACCAGCUCCAGCUCCACUAUGCAGUAGUAAGCCUUCCCAACCUCGGCCUCACGAAUUCAAGAAACCGCCAUCCUCUCAUCUGGGUUCAAGUUCUAGACCCCCGCAUCACAUUUCUUCUUCUUCAACUGCCAGGAAUUCAUUUGCAAAACCCGCUGAUGGCAAACCUACAUAUGGCAGCAGUAGUUCUUCAGUUAGGAACUAUUAUGGGCAACCACAAGCCAAACAACAUGCAGUUGAGUUUAGAUCCAACGGAGUUGGAGGAGCUCCAAAAAAUGUGCCUUCUGUGCAUCAUGGACGAAUUCCAUCUAGAAAUCCUAAUAGGCUUCAUGUGGAUAUUCCUCCACAAAAUAAGGAUAUCUCUAGACAAGGAUUAGGCCUUCCACACAAUGAUGUUGAAAAUAUUCUUAAGGAAAUGACUGAAUUCAAUGUUAUGCCUCUGACUGCAAUAGCCUCAACUCCUCGCAAAGAAGUAGAUUCAAAAUACAAUUUUAAUAUCGACUUCUACCAACAGGAUCAGCACCAAGAACAAGCCAAACCUCCAGUUCAAACCAUUGACAUAACUCAACCCGUUACAAUAAGUCUCUUGUCUCCACCGAGACCAGAAUCUCCACCUCCACAGCCUUUGUCACCUCCUCCAGCUACACCUUGCCCUGUCAAGAUCUAUAAACCACCAAGUGGGGGACAAAGGAAUAGCCAUGGAAGCAGGCCCAUCAAGGGCAAUCAAUCCUCCCAGCAGUCAACGGCAGUACCUUCGGCAUCUUCAUAUCCUGUCAUAAGCACGACGUCGAAUGACUUAGUUCAUGAUUUGAGUAUAUCAGAAGACAGUGAUGAAGAUACGAAAUCAGUUACUACAUCACAACAACCUGAGGUUAAACAAAGCCCAGGAUAUCCUGCAAUGGAUAAGUCUGCAAUGUUAUCACCAGCUGUAAGUGUUGUACCUGAGCCUUUAGGGCCAAUGUCUGCUUCCCCGCCUGGUGGGAGUUCUUCUAGUGAUGAUUCCGGCUCAGACAGUUCUGAAUCAGAUUCUAGUGCAUCCAAUACUGGUGGGCAAGAUCUUGUGACUCCGAUUCAAGAACAACGCCAGCCCUGCUGGGCUUUGAAGUCAUUCUUACCGGCUCCGGCCAAUCCUGAGCGCAAGACCACUCCAGAGCCACCAAUAACAGAAAAGCCAAAGGUUGAAGAAGAUUCAGAAAUUGAUAUAUCAGGUGUUACUAAGGCCCAUCCUCUUUUGUCAAGUCUUUCUGAUAGUGAUUCAGAAAGAAAGGGGAAGAAAAAAGGCACCGAGAGACCCAAAAAGCGUAAAAGGGCGAAUAAAUUACCAGUUCUUUCUGACAGCGAAGAUGAAAGUACACAAACAGCUUCAGUUGCAGAGCCCAUUCCCGGACCAGAAACAAGGUUACCAACUCCUCAUUCGACUACUUCUCCACGGAUGCAUCCAAAAACUCAGUCUGAAAGUGAAAGUGAGACGAAAUCAAGACCGAAGAGAGAAGUCGCAUUUCGUCGCAAGUGUAAACCCAUUCCUGCUUCACCGAACCGAGUAUCUUCAUCUGAAAAGGGUAGAAAGAAGGCAUCACAAAUACCUAAGACACCUGAGAAGGAAACGAAGAAACAAAGUCGAAAAAGGUCGAUCAAACCUCCUUAUCCCCUCUCAGACACUGAUGAUGAAUGGGUCAAAAGAAAACGAGUUUCUAGUUUGUCUGAAUCAGACGAUGAAGCUUGGAGUAUAACUCCCACUGUCCGACGGCGAAGUAGUCGACGUUCAGUUAAGAGUAACUCAAGUGAUCACAACCGCCGAGAGGUUUCUUGGAGUGCAAAACAUUCAAGUAGCGAUGAUGAAAGACCCCCUCCUGUUCAGUCACCCGUCAAACCUGUCUCUAGGGUGCCUCCAGCUCCUGGAAAAAGGCCACAAGUUCUCAGUGAAAGUGACGGGGAAAAAGAAGAAAGCCCACCAAAACUAGACUCUGACGGACAAUCCAUUCAGGAUAAGAAAAAGAACGACACUCUUCGCAAGUUGUUUUCAAAGAGAGACAACGAAGGUGGCGGUGGGAAAGGUGGGGGAAAAUCAGGUGGUAAAGGAAAAGGAGGAAAAGCUGGCGUUAUAGUGAUAGAUUGUAGCCCUGCAAGAAAUCCAGUCCAACCUUCACCAAAACCUGAAAGUCCUCCAAGAGUUCCUUCACCCUCUCAUGAUGUAAUUAUUGAACCACCUGAACCAGAUGUAAAGAUCCCUCCUGUAUGCUACAUUGGAGGGAAACCGAGUGUUAAGUGUGUCAUUCUAUUAAAUAGACUGUCAUUCAUACCAUCUAAAUCUAAAUCAGAAGAAGUGAGGACCAGAACAGAGCUUGCAGACACAAGGCAAACUAAACGUUUAAAUGAAGAGAAACCAACAGUGGCCGUUAGUGAGGAAAGUAGAAAAAUUAAAAAAGAAAAGAAAGAGCGGAGGAGCAAUAACAAGCCUCCAAAACCUGAAAAAAUAAAGAAAGAUAGAAAAGAUUCUCCUCCAGUAGAAUCUAAGGACGACGAAAUAAAAGUACAUCAAGCUGAAAUAAUAAAAAGACUCACUCCUGAGAUAAAAAAUGAAGCAGACCCUUCUUGCAGCUCAACAAAUGUCGGAGUAAACAGAGAGAGGGGAAACAGUUCUAGUUCCACCUCAAGUCAUAACAGCUCAAUGAGACAUUCUUCGAAAAAUUCUACUAAGAAAAAGAAACAUGGGGAAAGGCCAUCAGCAAGGUGUGAAGGUAGCUUAACCGAUGCUCCGCCGACAAACCAUGAACGGGAAAAAGAAAAGGACAAUUCCCUUUUUGAUAGAGAUAAAAUUAAAGAAAAAAAUAAAGAAAUACCUAAACAUCAAUAUUUCUCAUAUUUUGAACAAACAGAGGAUCAUGAUUUAUCGGAUACUGAUGACAAAGACCAGUAUUUAAAUGAAGCAAAAAGACUUAAAAAUGGAGCAGACAAAGAAAAAGAACUAACUGCACAAUGUCUGCAAUAUUUGGAAGCAAGCUUAUACUUCCUCUUAACCGGAAAUAGCAUGGAACUUGAUAGCAGUACAGAAAAAGCAGCUGCGACAAUGUACAAAGAUACUUUACAUUUAAUCAACUAUAUCACGACAAAAAUUCCAUACCAGCAAAGUAAUUCUACUUUUCAAGAAAAUAUUAAUAGCAAAUUGGUUGUUUUGAGUCUGAGGUGCCAGUCAUUGCUGUACUUAAAGUUGUUUAAGUUGCGUAAAUUAGAAGUGAAAGAAUGUCAACGAAUUAUUGGCGAUUACAUGCAGAAGGCCAGUCCUCCCACAACUGUAGAACAGUGUGGUUCAAUGGUGCAAGGUCAAGGGACCCCUUCUCCGCUUUCCCCAACUCCUUCACCAGCUGGAAGUGUUGGUUCAGUUGGAUCGCAAUCUUCAGGAUACAGCAGUGGUGAAUUAAGAGGUGGCUCUUCUACACAGCCACAGCCUCACCCGCCCAUAGCUCCUUGUGGCCCAUGUAUGGCAGUGCCUCUACAAAUCCACGCUGCACUUCAAAAACAAAAUGCUACAUUUCAAUCAUUAAUAACAUCGUACGAUUUAUGGGAUCAAGCAGAUGCACUUAUCUACAAGGGUAGACACAAGGAAUUCUUCAUUGAACUGGACCGUACUUGUGGACCAUUGACCUUUCAUAGCUCUAUUAAAGAUUUGGUAAAGUAUGUGAAGGUCGGCAUAAGUCGAUUACAAGAAUUAAGAAAUGAAUCUAUGUGAUUUCAUAACUAAAUUAUUCAAGAUAAAAGGCAUGUUUCUUUCUCUGAGGGGUAUCAUUUAAAGAGGUUUUUUUCUAUAUACCUCAAGUGCCCAAAAAUUAUUUGUUAUUGAAUAAAAUAUUAUUACAAAAAAAGUGGUUUUGCUUUAAUUUAUAAAGGCAUAAUUAUUGUACAUUGUUUAAAUAAUCAUAGGAUAAGUUUUCUUUGUUUAUUAGUUGAAUUGGUGAUUGACUCGCCAGUUUUUACCACAUGAAAGUUACCUUACAUAAAUGUAAAGUGCACAAAUGGUUGUUGGGGUACAUUUAAAAUUGUAAAAAGAAAUGUUGUUUAUAUUCAUUGUUUUCCAGUCUUCCCCUAUUAAAUUUUAGAUAAUAUAAAUAUUGUAUCAUGAUAACUUUCUUAUUGUUAUGUAAGUUCAUUAAUUAUUUGUACCUUUGCAUUAUAUUUAUCUUUUGAUCACUUUUUCUAAGUGUAGUUUGUUUUUUUGUGAGUUGUUAUUGACAUUCGUUACUUUUUCUGUAAAUAAGUAAAAUUUAAAGAAGCAAAACCAAAUUACUUUAAAAUUCAAUAUAUUUGAAAAAUUUAAACCUAGCACAUAUGAAAUUUAUGUGGCAUAGGUGUACACUAUACACAUUUGUACUGUGUAGGGACCAAAAGCUCAUAUUGUUUUUUUUAACCUUUUAUUAAGUUGAGAUUGAAAAAACUAUAUAUUAAAAUAAACAGUGGAAAUGAUACAUAUUUAGACCAAUGAAAUAUUGAACACGGAAGGACAAGAAGGGUUGUAAUUCUACAGAUGAAUUAACUUAUGUAAUAAACAUAUAUCAAGAAAUAUAAAUUUAUACAAUUGUUUAUCCCGACAUCUUUUUUUCAUAUUCUUUUUAAAUUAUAUAAACUGAAUGUUAAGGCAACUUAAAUAUUCACUUGUAUUAUUUGAGCUCCUUCCCUCCCAUUACUAAAACAUAUAAUGAUAGCCUAUUAGACCAUUAUUAUAAGCCUUUUGAUUUGAUUCAUAUCCUGGAAACAAAAGAUAGUGGCAAAAGUAGAUUUAUUUGAAACAAAUGUAACUUUUACGAUUUUUCUCUAAUUAUAGGGGAAAAUGAGUUAGUUUAAACCCAGAUUUUUCACUAAAAAUAACAAUGUUAGAUCAACUUUCAAAAAUAAGCUUUUAAUUCUCAUGCAUUUUUCAUUGUGUUACAAGUCAUAAUUUGUCAUUUGAAAAAAAAAAAAAAAAAAAAAAA